UGCAGCCACCAGGGUGGCAGAGGAAGUGAGCAGAAGCCCUGCCUCCCACCUCCGGACCCGGAACCUCUCUCUCAGAGAGGUUCACCCUCUGCACUAGUGGGCUUCAUUUCCUGGUGUGAAAAGAAGUGGCAGGGAAGGUGAGGGAGAAGAUGGAGUCGGAGCCCCUCUACAACCUGCUGCAGCUCCCAAAGGAGGUGGAUCAGCCCACGGAGGAGGAGCUCCCACGAGGAGGAAAGAAGAAAUACCUGCCCCCCAAUUCUCGGAAGGAUCCCAAGUUUGAAGAACUGCAGAAGGUGCUGAUGGAGUGGAUCAACACCACACUCCUCCCAGAGCACAUCGUGGUCCGCAGCCUGGAGGAGGACAUGUUCGAUGGACUCAUUUUGCACCACCUGUUCCAGAAGCUGGCAGCCCUUAAGCUGGAAGUGGAGGAAAUCUCUCUGACCUCAGUUAGUCAGAGGCGCAAGCUAGGAGUCAUCUUGGAGGCGGUCAACCAGAGUCUGCAGGUUGAAGAGCAACAGGCCAAGUGGAGUGUGGAGACCAUCUUCAACAAGGACCUGCUGGCUACCUUGCAUCUCCUGGUGGCCCUGGCCAAACGCUUCCAGCCAGACCUGCCCCUUCCAGACAAUGUCCAGGUGGAAGUCAUCCACAUUGAGAGCACUAAGACCGGCCUGAAGUCGGACAAGCUGGUGGAGCAGCUCACAGAUAAAUGCAGCUCACAGAAGGACCAGCCUUCACAAGAUGCCUUUGAUGAAUUAUUUAAGCUUGCUCCGGAGAAAGUGCACGCCGUCAAAGAGGCCAUUGUGAGCUUUGUCAACCAGAAGAUGGAGAGCCUGGGCCUGUCUGUGCAGAGUCUGGACACACAGUUUGCAGAUGGGGUCAUCCUACUCCUGCUGAUCGGACAGCUGGAAGGCUUCUUUUUGCAUCUGAAGGAAUUCUAUCUCACUCCCAGCUCUCCCGCAGAAAUGCUGCACAAUGUCACCCUAGCCCUGGAGCUGCUGAAGGAUGAAGGCCUGCUCAGCCACCCUGUCAACCCUGAAGGCCCGAGUGACCUCUUAUCCUUCUUCGGGCAUUCCUGUUGUCCUGAAAAAAAAAAUAACCAAGAGGCAGUAGCAUCCUGUAAGUGAGCCAUGUAGAGGCAUGCUGCAGAAGAAAGGACAACUAUUCAUGAUCAUCUUCAGACAUUAGACGGAGAGCCACAAAUAGACAUCUCGAGCAACUGUUCCUGCCUGCGGGACUCUGCACUUUCCCCCUCCUCAUGUCUCGCCACCUCCUGCUCUGAGAGUUGGAUAUUUGCCAGUCGAUUGGUUAUUUCCUGGGGGAUUAAUGAGAAGGUGGGCCGUCCGAUUGCCUACAGGAUGUUAUUCUGAAAACACGUCCCCCCCCAACCCCCCAACACACACAGACAAAUCAGAGGCUGACCUCGUCUUGGAACAGGCAGCAGACAGAAGAGCCAUGAGUGAUGAGGGCCUCUGGCUGGGAGGCACCCUAGCAAAGCCGGGGCUUCAGCGUGGGUGCAGCACACUGACUUCAUCUUCUGUUGUGCCCUUGGACUCAGGCCUGAGUCCAUCUGCACCCGGCUCAGGACAGGUGGAAGGAUAAUGCCUUUCCGCCCUUGGCUCCCAGCGGCUGUGUUCACACGGCUGAUGUUUCUCUCAUCUCAUCCAUCCUCCUCUUCCCUGCCCAUCCCCUCCUCCCAGCAAAGUUCCAUGAUAAGAUGCUCUGGACCAGCUCCUGGUGGGCCAGGCAGGGAUUGGUCUGCAUGACAUAGAAGAAACUGGAAAUAGUAACUGGAUGCUAAAAAGAUAUGCUAAGGAACUACUAAAUAAAAGGAAGUGGAAUUUACCUAGCUAAAGGAGUGCUCAACGCUGAGUAGUAUAUGCUGACUAGACUGUCGAGGCAGAAAGGAAAUAACUAUCUGUGCCUCUGACAUAACUAAGCUUCAGGUUUGUUUCUUAAAAUUCUGUCAUAAGUUCACUAAGAUCGCUGCCAAUUAGGUUUCAGUCACACACGAAAGGAGACAUCCUUGCUCACAGCCGACCAUCAAACUCACCUCCCACAUCAAAGAGCCUCUAUAGUGCACUUCAAAGGGGACAGUACUGGGUCAGGGUUGCAUUAAGUCCUGGUCCAUCAUUAAGCCCUUUACCUCUUAUCUGGAAGAGCAUAAUUCUGCCAGAAGGCACCGGCCCGAGAAAAGCAGCCUUGGUCCAUUUGGGGAUAACUAUGGCAGUAAGAAUUUCUACAUUGUAAAUCUCCCUGUUUGUCCCGACAACCAAACCUUGGAGCUCUGCCUCUAUGGAGCACUACUCAAAGUGUAACUUGGGGCCAUGAACCUAUAUAAACAGGUUUUCCAUUUGUUCCAUUUUGUGCAUUAGUCAGAAGAGAUCACAUGCUAUUAUUAAAGAGUUUUUACCGUUUAUAAA